GAAAACCCAGCAAUAUAAAAUAACUGUUUCAGCCCUGGUACAGUUCGAUACACAGCCUUGGACCUUCUAUGCAGAGAUACGAAGAUGCAGAAGAAUAUGAAAAGAGCUUCUUAAAGAAAUACUUGACAAAAAAAGCUAUGGACAAGCUGAACGAAUUAGAAAAACAACUAAAAAAUGCAACAGACACGAAAAAGAGCGAAAUAACGGGUGAGAUGGAGAAAACUCGUUUGGAUUUAGAACGCUCGCUCAGACUGGUCAAUGAAAUGGAAAUAGAGGAGAAAAAUAAUCAAAAUUAUGAUUUGCAUGCAAAAGACGGCCCGGAAAGCUUUGUAUAUCUGUUGGGAGAGGUAAGCAGAAACGUGCCUGACGAAGUAUACACGCGAUUUGUUGAUCGGGUAAAAAAUGUUGAGGAGCUGUACAAAGGCCACUUCAACGUUGAAGACGUCGAAUCGCAUAUCCUACACGAGCACGUGUUCAUUGCCAGCCCAAAAGAUAAAAAUGAACCCGGCGACGCUAUUUACUGUCCUGCAUACAUUUACAACUUCCUUCUGCCUUUCCAGCAAACGGCUUUGAAGUGGUUCUGUUCGCUAUUUCUAGGUAAACAUGGAGGCAUACUGGCUGAUGAAAUGGGACUGGGCAAGACAAUACAGGCGAUCGCAUUCCUUUCAUCGCUUUUGCACAGCAAUAGAAUAGGCGGGGCACUCAUUUUAUGUCCUUCUACGCUCCUCGAGCAGUGGUUCCUUGAGAUACGACGGAUAUACCCGUUUGUGCGGACAAUAAUACUGCAUAAUAAUUUUAUGGAAAGCGUAAAUGAUGCCCUGAAUCAGAAGCCCGACAACGACAGAAUGAGCGAAAGCUUCAGGAAAGUCGUUGUUGUGGCUUCUUAUGAAGGCUUCAAAACUUUUUUCAAUAAAAUACGCAGAUUAAACUUGGAUGUUCUCAUUCUUGACGAGGGACACAAAAUUAAAAACUUCAACACGCAAACGUUCAAGUAUAUCAAAACAUACAACAUCUUGACGUACAUUCUCACAGGCACACCGGUGCAAAACAAUCUGAAGGAGCUGUGGUCGCUCUUCAAUAUCACGAACAAACAUUUAUUCGGCACAUACACCGAUUUUUACGGCGAAUUUGAAGAAGUUAUUCUGAAGAGCACGCGUAGAAAAGCAGACAAAAAGGAGAGAAAGAAUGGAGAACAGCGGACCACGUAUCUCAAGAGCCUAAUUGCACCGUAUAUUCUGAGAAGAACUAAGAAAGGAACAAAUUUACCAAAAAAGUGCGAGAAAAUAGCAUUUUGCCCGAUGACCAAUGACCAGAUAUCCCUGUACAAAGAAUUCACUGAAUCAAAAGCUGUUUCUGAUAUCAUUAAAGGCAAUAGAAAUGUGUUUUAUGGUCUUGAUAUUCUGAGAAAGAUCACAAACCAUCCAUCUCUUUACAAGAAAGGAGUACAUGGCGAAAGUGGAAAAAUGCACAUGCUCGAAACUUUGUUGACAAAAUGGUGUACAAAGGAGAAAAACGACAGUUCAGUCUCACAAAAAAUGGAGAGCGGUGAAGGACAACCAAUAAACAAGGUACUUGUAUUUAGCCAAUCGCUAGAAAUGCUAAAUAUCAUAGAAAACUUCGUUAUAUCCAAAGGCUACACAUAUUUGAGGAUGGAUGGCACCACAUCGCUGAUGGAAAGGAAGAAAUAUCUCGACAUGUUCACAAAAGAAAACUAUUUUGUAUUUCUUCUUACUACCCGGGUAGGUGGAAUAGGGCUCAAUCUCACAGCUGCCAACAAAAUCGUGAUUUAUGAUCCUGAUUGGAAUCCAUCUAUCGACAAACAAGCUUCUGAGAGAUCCUACAGAUUUGGGCAGAAACGGGAUGUAGAGAUCAUCCGAUUUAUCACGCGAGGAACAAUUGAAGAAAAGAUCUACGAAAAGCAAAUAUUCAAGAACCUGCUGGCAGGACGAGUUCUUGGUGACACAGUAGUUGAAAGGUUGGUCGGAGCAUCCGAUUUGAAAGAGAUUUUUACGCUUGGUGACGUAAUUACUGAAGGAGCGGUUGAGGACGUGGUCGUUGAUGGCAGUCAUAGGAAUGAGGAUAAGGAUGUGAUGGAGUACGAGGAGCAGAAGGUACUUACUGCCCGAGAAAUGCUUGAUUAUAUAAAAAUGAGAGAAAGCACAUAUUAGUGUGGUUUAAGAUGCGGAGGAUACGCUUUACUUGUCGUGACAAUGAUAUGAAAACACUAGCACAGCUGUAGAAUGCCAAUUUGUAGGGUGAUAUAUUAGCAUCCUUCGUAUGAAACAUGGUCAGAUAAUCUCACACGUCACAUUUCAUCGUCCUUAAUAAAUUUAACGAAUUAAAACACGUGAUAGCUCUAACAUGGUGUCAUAGUAGAUUUACAAAAUAAUAUGGCAUGAACACACAAUGUUCGAUGGUUAAAAAAGUAAAUUGUG